AUGCAUCUCAUGUACAUCCCCGACCCAGCGAACCCGACCAAGCGUAUCUACACGCUCAAAAAGAUCAUCGACGGCGAGGUCAGCAAGAGCGCACAUCCGGCGCGUUUUUCGCCCGACGACAAGUACUCGAGACAUCGUGUUACCAUCAAGAAGCGUUAUGGACUUCUUUUGACACAGCAGAAGAACAAAGUUGCUGAGCGGUCAUAG